UGUAAGCAGUCGUGUUUAGAAACACACGACUUUUUGUUGAAGACUUUUACAACUAAAAAAAAUGUCAAAAGAAAAUGAAAACCGUAAGCAGCUUCGUUUCCGUUCUCCCAAGUCCCAACUAACAGCUCAUUCCUACUUCCUGCCGAGAACUUAGAAACCUCAUAAACAAACUCCAAAACAGCUUCUCGCUGCUGCGCAUCGCCCCUUCCAUCGAUACCUGCCGGUUACAUAUAUAACAUGCCAGAGCCAGUUGAGGCUUUUGAGAAAAAACAUUUCGAUAGUGGGAUCCCAGUCAAAGAAGAUAGUGAGUAUGUGAGGCUAUUUGUAAAUGAUGAAGCAACAAUUAGCGAAUCAUAUGUUUUCCAAUCACCUCUUGAAAGCAGAAAAAGAGAUCUGAAAUGGUGGACCAAGGCAUUUAUGUGGUGCAUUAUAUGUAUACUGAUUCUCUUGAUCUUCGUAAAGUGGGGAGUUCCUUUUCUCUUUGAGAAGGUACUGAUUCCCAUCUUACAAUGGGAAGCCACCGCAUUUGGCCGUCCAGUGUUAGCACUCAUCCUUGUUGCUUCAUUGGCAUUAUUUCCAGUGUUUCUGGUCCCCUCUGGACCAUCAAUGUGGCUAGCUGGAAUGAUCUUUGGAUAUGGCCUUGGCUUUGUCUUAAUCAUGUUUGGAACAACCAUCGGAAUGCUCCUUCCUUACUUGAUUGGUUUGCUCUUCCGAGACCGGAUCCAUAAAUGGCUGAAAAAAUGGCCACAACAAGCUGAUGUUAUCAGAUUGGCGGGAGAGGGGAGUUCAUUUCACCAGUUUCAAGUGGUUACACUGUUUCGGAUUUCACCGUUUCCAUAUACCAUCUUUAAUUAUGCUGUAGUGGUAACAAGCAUGAGAUUCUGGCCAUAUUUGUUGGGAUCAAUUUCAGGAAUGAUUCCUGAAGCUUUCCUCUACAUCUAUAGUGGCAGGCUUAUAAGGACAUUUGCUGAUGUCCAAUAUGGGAAUCAUCAUCUAACUCCUGUGGAGAUCAUAGCGAAUGUUAUUUCACUCAUUGUUGCAAUAAUCACUACGGUUGUUUUUACUGUAUACGCAAAGAAAAAACUAAAUGAACAGGCAGCAAUUGGCACCCAAGAUUCCAUCUCUGGACGUGAUAAAUUUGAGAUGGAGAGACUCCCCCCUGAAAAACCUAAGCAAAGUCAUACCCCAUCCUUGUAGUUGUAUUUAGAGCCUGACUUUAUUUAGAUGACUGCUGUAUAUAAUCUUGGGGCUUUUGUAAGAUUACUCUUUCAUAGCCCCCUCUCUGUAAUGUGAACAAUGAUAAAUAACAAAUGGAAGGCGAUUAUUACAUAAGAAGAGUAUCCCUGUAAGACUGCAACUCACAUUAAGAAGUGAUUGUUAUUUUUUCCUACCAUUAACAAUUAUAAGAUGAAUAUCAUUCACUUUGGUGCUCAGACGACA